AAUUUUAGCGGUUGGUUUUGUCAGUCAGAAUAGCCUCAUCUCCAAAAACGGAAACCCAAUGCAAACAGUCUGACAACGAACUUCAUGGAAGCGGGAACCACGCUUCGUGUCCUUUUCACUCUCCCCCACACUAAAACUCACAUUCCUAUUUUCAUUUCAAAUCGCACUUCAAAACCAAAAACUGCGUUUACACUUUCAUCUCCUUCUACUUCUUCUUAUUCUUCAACUGUUCACAGUUUCCGAACCCCAAACCCCAAACGCGAUUUUCUACCUGAUUGGGUAUCUCAAAACGACGACGUUGUUCGGCCCCUCCCCAUCUAUGUUGGAGCCGCUUCUCUCUUUGCCGUACUCUUCAAUCGUACCAUCUCCGGCAUUGCUCCCGUUGCCGACGCUGGCAGUUCACAAUCGAGAGCAGACCUCUUAACUUUAGGAUUGGCUGUCACUAAUAUUUUGGCUGGCCUCGUUUGGCUUUCCAUAAAACCCAAAUCUAUAAGUGUGGUAAAUCCUCAGGGAGUUGAAUGCAAGAAGCUGUGCACUGCUCUCCCUGAUGUUGCACUUACUGAGCUGGUCUGGGCGUGGGAAUCUCUGUCAGAUGUCACCUGCUGCCGAUCACUUGUUAUUGUUUAUGAGAGCAAUUGUGUUCUUCAAUUUGGUUUUGCUGCAGAAUCUUCUCCUGGGAAUGGCGAAGCUGUAAGUGUGGACACCGAUAAAUUGAUGCAAGGAUCGGUAUAUCAGGGUGUUAUGAAAUCUGGAACUCAGAGUUACUUGGCCAAUCUAUCUCUUUAUCCUGGGAAGUCUGAGCUACCAUUUCUGCCUUCAAAUACUCAGGCAGUAAUUUUACAACCACUUGGAGAUAAAGGAAUUGCAAUUAUUGGUGGUGACACAAUACGAGGUUUCACUUCUUCUGAUCAGGCAUGGAUUACCUAUAUCGGAGAGAAGCUGGAUUCUACCCUUUCAAAAUAUGUGAAACAACAUCAGACUCUUACUUAAGUUUCAAAGAUUUGCAAGUAGCCUCUGUCCGAUGUUUGUUGAUACUUGAUGUUAGUGUUAAUUGGGAAUGCGAAGCACAAAUUGAUAUUAUGUAUAUUUUUAUGUUCAUUAUUUAAAUUGAUUCCUGGGCAAUCUAA